GUCCGGCGGCGCGACAUGGCGGAGGAGGGCGAGGGGAAGGCCGCGCUGGAGAUGGUCCAGGCAGAUGGGACAGAUGGAAACUGCGUCACGUUUGUGCUGCACGACGAAGACCACACGCUUGGCAACUCCCUGCGAUACAUGGUCAUGAAGAACCCUGAUGUGGAGUUCUGCGGCUACUGCAUCACCCACCCCUCGGAAAGCAAGAUCAACUUCCGGAUCCAGACCAGAGGGUCCCUUCCUGCUGUUGAGCCGUUCCGGAAGGGGCUGAAUGACCUGAUGGGUGUUUGCCAGCACGUGCUCAACACCUUUGAGAAGAGCAUGAAGGAAUACAGGGCGCAGAGGGAGGAAGAGAUGCAGUAGCAGUUGGGGCUGGCAGUCCCCGUGGGUGUGUGUAAUGUCUGUGUGUCAUUCCCUGUGUCAAGAGGUGCUUUUUUAUGACUAUUUUGAUGCAAAUAUGUAUUUUCUGUAAUAAUAAAGCAUAUAAAGUUUGCUGCGGA